GCGGGGGCCUGAACGCUGGCGGCUUUGAAUGGCGGCGGCAGCGGGACUCACGCUGCGGGGACUAUGAGGGCAGGCGGUGGCGAGCAGCAGGCGCUGCUCCGGCAGGUUUUGGGUUGGAGAGUGGCUGCUAGUAUUGCCUGGUCAGUACUACUGCUUCCUCUGUGUACCGCAGUCUUCAUAAGUAUUAGCAGCAUUGACUUGUUUCAUCCUAUACAAUGGAUUUCAAAUUCAUUCAACGAUUGGUAUACUUCCUAUGUCAUCUUUUGUAUCCUUCUUAUGUCAGUGGUGAUACUGAUAAUAAGCAUCUUCAAUGUUGAAUUUUAUGCAGUUGUGCCUUCUAUUCCCUGCUCUCGAUUAGCACUGUUAGGAAAGAUUAUUCACCCACGGCAAGUUAUCCAUUCAGUUGUUCAUGCUAUAAUGGGAAUGCUGGUGGCAUGGUGUGCUGCAGUUAUGACUAAGGGGAAGUUCCAGUUCCUUGCUCUACCCUGCACAGUUUCAGAAAGCUUAGAUGGUGCUGUUCAACACAUGUGCCUAAAUGAGUAUCACCUCUUCCUCCUGCUGUCUGGAGCUUUCAUGGGCUACAAUUAUAGUCUCUUGUACCUUGUUAACAAUAUGAACUAUUUGCCAUUUCCAAUCAUACAGCAAUACAAGUACUUACGUUUCAGAAGAUCUUUGCCUCUGCUGGUUAAACGUAGUUGUGUGGAAUCACUGUACUUGGUUAGAAACGUCUGUGUUGCAUAUUAUUUUUUUGGUUACAUUCCAAGAGCAUGGAUAAGUACCACAAUGGACCUUAAUACAGAUAGUAAACUUCAUCCUCUUGACACACUUACUGGUCUUCUGGAUCUAUCCUUGCUCUACCAUACCUGGUUAUGUGGUAUAUUUCUUCUGAUUACUUGGCACAUUGCAUGGUUACUCUUCAAAAUCUAUGCUACAGAGGCACAUCAUUUUCCUGUUCAACCAACUUUCGCUGAAGAAACAGACCAAUGCCUGCCUAAAAUCUUAAACAGCAACCCUCCCCUUAUUAUAAAGUUCUUGGCCUUACAGGACUUGAUGUUACUUUCCCAGUAUUCUCCUGUGCGACGACAAGAGGUCUUCAGCCUCAGUCAGCCAGGUGGGCAUCCUCACAAUUGGACAGCAAUAUCAAAGGAGUGCUUGAAUCUUUUGAGUGACUUGACACAGAAGCUGAUUAUGCAGCAGGAAGCUGCAGCUACAAAUGGGAGAGUGAAACAGCCAUCUACAGGAGAAUUAGGAAGAUCUUUGAGCUCUUCAGAAGCAGCUGUUACGGAAGAAAUGGCCUUCCAGACACAGAGGUCUAAUGUCGUUUCUAGAGCCCAUAUGUCUUCCCUGGUUAAAUCAUCCCUCUUGCCUUUAAAGGCAUUGUCUACAUCUGAUCUUGGAAGCUCUUUUGGUUCACCUUUCAGUUCUCCUGCUCUAAAUCGCAAGACUGGGAUUCUGGAUUUAAACUCUCCUUGGCAUGGAUCAGUCCAAAGUCCUCAUGUUAUGAGAAGAGGACCAAAGCUGUGGACAUCAAGUUCAGAUCUGCAAAUGAAUGGCUCUCAUCAAGCGUCCUUCCCUGUGAUCUCUGUUGCAAGAGUUGGUAAUGAAGCAAUACAGCCAAGCUUUAUUUAUACGUGGCUCCAGAACAAGCAAGAGCAGGUUAGGAGUUUCUUAUCAAAACGAGUGCUGAUAAUGUAUUUCUUCAGCAAGCAUCCAGAGGCCUCGAUCCAGGCUGUCUUUUCUGAUGCCCAAAUGCACAUUUGGGCAUUAGAAGGUCUAUCCCGUUUGGUUGCGGCCUCAUUUACUGAAGACCGAUUUGGAGUUGUCCAAACUACGCUGCCAGCUAUUCUGAAUACCUUACUGACUCUUCAGGAGGUUGUAGAUAAGCAUUUCAAGCUGCCUCAUGCUUCUAGCAAACCUCCCAGGAUUUCGGGAAGUCUGAUGGAUACCUCCUACAAAACGCUACGAUUUGCGCUUAGAGCAUCCCUGAAAACUGCGAUAUACCGGAUCACUACUACUUUUGGAGAACAUCUAAAUGCAGUUCACGUGUCUGCAGAGCAUAAGAAAAGACUUCAGCAGUUCUUGGAGUUCAAAGAAUAGUUAAGUAAAUUAAAUAGGUUACAUUGCUGAUACUGCUACAGAUGGACAGUACAUGUUUAGCAUUCUUGAACUGGAAGACAGUGGGUCUUCCUAUCUUGUUUGGUGGCCUUUUCAAAAAGUGUGUAUUAAAUGUAAAUCAUGGAGUGCGACUCUUAGCAGAAUUACAAAAAACUUCUGUUUGGAUCACUUUACUUGAUCUUUUGUAUAAUAAAGCUCUUUUUUUUAAAGAA